AACGUCAUUGACCGUCAAUUUACAUUGUAAAUUUAAGAGGAAACUAACGGACUAUAGUGUUUUGAUUCGUCUGUUGUUGUUGAGUUGUUUUGAUCAUGCCAAAUUGUAGUGUGAACAGUGUUUACAUCGGUUAUUCGUAAAAGUACUGCUUUGGAACAUUAGAUUCCCAGUUUGUUUUAGAAAAGAGUUUUGGAGUGUAUCGUUAAAGUGUUAAAUAAGUACGAUUCAUUCUGCAAUAUCAUAGAUAUAAUAGAUAUGGAAGACCGGUCGGAAUUGGAACAGCCAAACGUUGGGAAAAUCAUCAACGAUUUUAAUAAAAACGCAACGAAAAAGGCACAAAAGAAAGAGAAUACGUUGAUUAGUUAUACCAUUAAAGCGACAGCUCGCGAUCAAAAUAAAAAUAUUAUGAUAUCCAAACUUAAAGGAGAAAUCGAGCAUUAUUUGGAUAAAGUGGCUCUCUUGGAAAUGGAAAACGAAGUGAAGGAAGAGUUACUCCAUGAAAAAGAUAAUGAACUUAAAGGUUUGAAAACUGAGAAUCAAAAACUGAAAGGCUUGCUACUGGAACAAAAGCAUCAUGCAUUACCAAAAGUCACAUCGUUUAGUCCAAAACCUGCUAUUAAUAAAAUCAACAACGAUGCACUCAGCUAUAACAACAACAAUUACCAAGUUAUUUCAACAUUUAACAACAUCGUCGCUUCGCCAAAAAAUGAAAUAGCAACGACGAAUUAUAAUUCGGUUUUGUCCACGACUGCCGAUAGUCCAGCCGGUCAAGUUGCAAAACCCAAGUCUACUAAACUAAAGCGAUCGUUUAAAAAAAACAAAAAAUCCAAGUCAGUUUUCUAGCAUCGUAAACAACUUGCGCAGCCAGGUAGCAAAGUCAAAGUGACAAUUGUAGCGAUAAAUUAGAGAAAAAUCGAUGUUGUAAGAGCUGGACUCUUUUAUUUCUUCUUUACACAUGACUCCAAAUUUUUUUUAUUAUAAUAUUUAAACUUAUUCUCAUUUUUUAUUUAUUGUAACUAUAGUGGAUAUUUUGUAUGAAUGUAUAAUUUUGUAACCGUUUUUUUGUCUUAUAGGAGAAACAAAUGAAAAAUUAUGCAUUUGAUAAAUAAAAACCAUGUACUAAUA